GUGGCUGCUGCAGCACGAGAUAUCGCAGUCCGUGGGGCGCAUCUUCACAAUGCCCUGGUAUAUUGGCGUGCGUUCGCGGCCGAUUGUCAUCGCUUGGCCAUCGGACAUGCAGACGAUCAUGCAACCUUGGACCAGGAGCAGCCGCCAAGGGAUGCUGCUACCCGACGGGACGAGAAAAUUGCACGCCACAAGCGGUGUAAGGAAAUCGACGCCAAGGUGGCAUACUUGUUUCAGAAGAAGCAAGAAUGUCUCGGAGAUGAAUACUUUUGGGGCACCGGUAGUGCAUUCGACGAAGACAUGGAGCGUAGCUUGAUCACGAUGCUGUUGAGCAAAGCCCUCGCAUCAGUGCCAGAUAGCAUAUCUUCAGCAGAGCAAGAGCUGCCGCUGCUGGAGAUGAUGGUGGCACGGGGAGGUCCUAGUGAGGAGGCCGCGAAGCCGAAGCCGCCGGUUGUGAAGCCCGCUUGUCUUCGAAUUCAGGAUAAAGCCGAGCUGCAAAGACUCUACAGAGAGAUGGUGUUUCAAUGCCCACAUCCACAGGCCACCAUGUCCAUCGAAGAAGCGGCCGACCUUGAGAUAGAGGAGAUGCAUGAGAUCGAGGCUGCUCGGGCAAGGAGGCAGGUCGAGCAGGAAGCCCACGAUGCAGACAGAUGGUGGAAUGGGGAUCGAUAUGGAGCCAAAGAGGAAUGGGAGGAAAGCCAGAAGUUGUACAAGGAUCGGGAUUUUGACGAGUUCAAAGAUGACCACCCGUGGGGAUCUGGAAACAAAAUGGCCAACAUAGGAUAG